AUGGCGGAUCCACUCUCAGUUGCAGCCUCCAUAGUCGGACUGGUCAUGGCGGGUACCCAGAUCACUACCACCGUCGGUAAAUUCGUUUCCACAACGAUGGGCGCUCCAGCACUCGCGCAAACUGUUCAUAGCGAGGUGCAUGACUUUGUGAUCGUCUUGUCAAGCCUCCAGCCUAUCAUACUCGGAUCCAUCAACUCUAUCGCAAGGACAUCCCUGAUCGAUGUUGAUGAACUGAUCGUCACUCUGGCCGCCUGUAUGUGCACUCUUGCCGACCUGGAGAAGGAGAUAGAUUCCCUUGGUUCGGACUACAUGGAUGUCCGUACCAGACUCAAGUGGGCCUGGGCGGAAUCCAUACUAUCGGGUCUUACGCAAAGGCUUCAGCAUCAUAAAUCCUCAUUGAACCUGAUGUUGACCAUAUUGACAUGCGAAAGCCAAGCCCAGGCGAAUCAGAGUGUACAAGCCCUCCAAGCCCUAGUCGAACAGAUCGCUCAGCAAUUACAUCAGAUAUAUAUCAAUCCUCCCACAAUGCAGAAUACACCGUCCAGGGAGCAUACAAACACUGUGAACGCGUCUGGUGCAAGUAUCAGUGCCUCAACCAUCAGAGGAAACUACGGCUCCAGUUUCCUGACAAUACAAAGCUCACGCGGAAGCUUGGUAAGAAGCGUUGGCUCUAUCAGAAGUAUCUAUAGCAUGUCAUCCUUCAACUAUGAGAGCACUCUGCUCAAUACCCGUGUCUAUGCUCGAGCGCUGGCCAAGCCUUUGAAUGCUGUAUCCGAAGCUGCUGGUUGGUCUGUCAUGUCGGGCAGGAGUUUGGCGGAAGUAUCAAAUAUAUCUGUUCUGGAACUUCCAUUCCAUGCGGCGUCUCUAUCAAAUCCUUGGUGGUAUGACGGAAGUAUUGGUGCGGAAAAUGCAAAGGUUGGGGCAGAUAAUGUCCAGAUUGGGGCGGAAAAUGUCCAGGUUGGGGCGGAAGUGUCAUGGGCAGCUUUAUAUAGGAUAACGGCCGAUAUCAACUUACUGUCUUGGUCUGACGCGAUAUAUCUCAUGGCGUUGGAUGACUGCAUCCCAAACACACCCAGGAACCUAAUCCAACCGAUCAAUGAUGUUAUUCAGGAGCUCGAUAGUUUACCGAUAACAGAGAUUCGCAAGCCUCCACCAAUCGCAAUUGAUGAUAUAGGCUGGGUACCGCCGGCGCGGGAUUCGAAUAUCCCCGCGUGGGAUCGUAUACUAUUACGCAGAUCGGGGGCGGUGACGUCUAGCGAUAGCAGUUUUUCCCUUUUUUAA